GAUGAACUGGUGGAAAAUUGUCGGUGGUGUUCUGGGGGGUGCGGUCCUAUUAGCUGCUGGACUUUUAAUUGGUCAUUUUGCUAUUCCAAAGAAUACAGAACCCAUUUGGGCCAAGGAAGUCUCCAGAGAUGUCGAUGAAGAGUUUAUCCAAGAGUUCAUGAAAGAGGUGGAUAACAAGAGGAUUGAAGAUAACCUACGACGCCUGACACUGAAACCCCACGUGGCAACAACAGCGGCUGAUGAAGAGUUGGUACAAGUCAUUUUGUCUCACUGGAGAGAUACAAACCAUGGACUAGAUGAUGCCCAAGAAGUGCGAUAUGAUGUGUUAUUGUCAUUCCCAGAUGAGAAGAUCCCUAAUAAUGUCAGAGUGGUGAAUCCUGAAGGAAGUGUUACAUUCACAUCGAGACGUGCAGAGAGUGAAAUCACCCAAGACCAGAAAGAUCCGGAUAUUCUACAACCCUUUCUGGCAUUUGCCCCAAAUGGAACAGCCAAGGGGAAAUUAGUGUAUGCUAACGAAGGUAAAGUAAGUGAUUUCCAGCAUCUCUCUGAAAAGAUCAAUCUGACGGGAACCAUCGCCAUUGUCCGAUAUGGGGGAACAGGCAGAGUUAACAAGGCAAUCAAUGCAGCCCAAUAUGGCGUCAUAGGAGUCAUUAUUUACACUGACCCCAAAGAUAUCAAUGACGGAAAGUCGGAUCCAAAUCAAACCUACCCUUAUUCUUGGUACAUGCCUCCUUCUGGAGUAGAACGUGGCUCAUUCAAAGAAAAUUUUGGUGACCAACUCACACCGUACUAUCCGGCAAAAAACUUCACCUACAGGAUCAAGGAAUCAGAAAUCAAAGGGCUGUCACCCAUCCCAGCACAGCCAAUAGGUUUUGAGGAUGCCAAGACCCUAAUAUGUAAUCUCCAAGGCCCCCCGGCUAUUGAUACCUGGCAGGGGUCACUGGGUUGCACCUAUAACCUAGGCCCAGGCUUCCAGCCAAGCAGUGAGUUCUCCAGCAGUGAUGUGGAGGUCAAUGUGUAUAACAAAAGAACAAUUAAGUCUUCGGCCAACGUUAUGGGCAUUAUCCACGGGUCUGUGGAACCUGACAGAUAUGUCAUGUAUGGGAAUCACAGGGACAGCUGGGUACAUGGAGCCAUAGAUCCAAGCAGCGGAACAGCAGUAAUGAUGGAAAUAACCAGAGUCCUUGGCACUAAGCUUAAGCAAGGUAAGUGGAGGCCUCGCAGAUCCAUCGUCUUUGGCAGUUGGGGUGCAGAAGAGUUUGGCUUGGUUGGUUCGACGGAAUUUGCAGAGGAAUAUUACAGCAAGCUGAAAGACAGGACCGUGGCUUAUAUCAACGUGGACAUCUCUGUAUUUGCAAAUGCAUCGCUGAGGGCUCAAGGAACAGCGCCGGCUCAGGGUGUGAUCUUUACUGCAUCCAAACAGGUGAAGACUCCACAAGGCACCACUGUGUAUGAGAACUGGAAGAGUAAAUACAACAGGACCAGCCCUCAAUAUGGACUGAUACCCCAGAUGGGUACAUUGGGAUCUGGAAGUGAUUAUGCUCCAUUUCUGCACUAUUUGGGAAUCACCUGUAUGGACAUUGCAUACACAUACGACAGGGGAGUAACCUCAGCCAGAAUAUAUCCUGCCUACCAUACAGCCUUUGACACUUUUGAUUAUGCAUCUAAGUUUAUCGACCCAGGAUUCACCAGUCACCAAAUGGUGGGGCGCACAGCUGGCAAUGUUCUGUUACGACUGUCAGACAGCCUGAUCCUUCCUCUUGGCGUGAGAGAUUACGUGGAGACUCUGGAAGAUUAUUACAACAAGGCAGAGCAAAACUUUCAGGCCAACCUCAACAGCAAAAAUAUCUCUCUGGCUCCUCUGAAGUCAGCGGUAGAAAGAUACAAGAAGGCAUGUGAGACUCUGGAGGAAACGAUAAAGAACCUGAAAGAAACGCAGGAGGCUCCACUUAAAAUCCGCAUGAUUAAUGACCAGUUAAUGCUGCUGGAAAGAGCUUUCAUCAACCACCUGGCUUUCCCAGAUAAGUUGUAUUACAGCCAUGUCAUCUGGGCAUCACGCAGUUCCGGUGUAGCUACAUUUCCAGGCCUCGCAGACACCUACCUACAAGCAACUGCCAGCAACUCACAGCACGACUGGGACAUGGUCCAUCACCAGCUCACUGUAGCAAUAUAUGCCGUGGAGAGUGCAGCAUCCACUUUGGAGCUAGUCACCAAGAUAUAAAAUAUUAAUGAAAACCACACAAAAUAUGAACGAUUACCAGCAUUUUCCCCAAAAACGUUUGUCAUCCGAGUAUGCAGACCCAUCAGAAAAGGACCACAUCAAUGGGCUCACAGAGUCCUCACCCGCAGGGAUUUUCUAACUUGUCUGAAGGAUAAAGCACUGAUUUGUAGUCUUUAAAUAAAGGUUUAAAUAAUCUCA